CCCGGUUCGGGACUGUGCGUGAGCCUGGAUCCACCGCCCAGCCGAACCGGUUCACCCCGGUCCCCGCCCUCUCGCCUAUCUCCUCGCCCAGGCUACAUUGUUCGUAGUACCCGCAUAUGCAUGUCGUUUCCCUCAGAACACCCCAGCUACGUGCCUCCACCAUGCAUCGCGCCCGGCGAGGCAAUGCACAUACUUCAUGGAUAUAGACGGCGGGGCGGUGGCGGGAGUGUGGUUGUGUUUGGGCCGAGGCCGCCAUAAGGGCGCCUGCGCCAGCGGCUUGGUUCUCACCGCCACUUUCUUUCCACCACCGCAAAAGCCUCAGCAACGUUCGCAGCAAUGGAUGACGCCUGGCAGUCCCAAGACAUGGCUCCCCCGAGCAGCGGCGGCGGAAUCAGCAUCCCCACGCAGGACGUCACAAUGAGCAAUGGAUCCGGAUUGGGCGCCGCCGACGACCAGCACUGGGCCAACGGAGGUGGCCGCUCUCCUUCCCGUGGAGGCGCGGACCUGCCCAGGAGGUCCAGCCGAAGCAGGAGCCCGGGCGCCCGCGGUGAUGACCGGAAUGGGCGUCCGGAAGGCGGCCAGAACCCCGGCAACAACUUGCAUGUGUCGGGCCUGAGCAACAAGGUCGACACCCGCGACCUCGAGGCUGCCUUUUCAAAGGUUGGUCGUAUCCAGAAGGCCCAGGUCAUGUAUGAUCCUCAUACGCGUGAGUCGCGCGGAUUUGGGUUCGUGACCAUGGAGUCGGUCGAAGAGGCGGAUGCGGCUGUUACUGCGCUUAAUGCUACUGAUCUCUUGGGCAAGACUAUGACAGUCGAGAAGGCUCGUAGAGCACGUGCUCGGACCCCGACGCCCGGCAGAUACUAUGGACCGCCGAAGCGUCAUGAAUUCGAGAGGCCGUACGAUCCUCGCCCCUACGACAGUCGCUACUCUCGUCACGACGAGCGUCAUUCUUCUCGCCGCCGCUACGAGGACGACUACCGAGGCGGUAGUAUGCGCGACGAAUACCGCGGUGGUGGAGGAGGAGAAAGAGGAGGUGCCGGAGGCGGAGGCGGAGGCUACCGCGACUACGACCGGGGCGGCUACAGCGGUGGUGGAGGCGGAGGCCGCGACUAUGACCGCCGCUACGACGACAGGCGCUACUGAGCAACGACGUCGACUCUCCGGCGUUCCUUCGGCCCCUUAGCCUCACUAGUCUCUCAGGCCUCAAAAUGAAGUUGGUCCCUUCUUCUGUGUUUAUCGCGUUCUUAUUGCGUUGUCGUUGUCGCUGUUCAUGCAUGUAGUAGUAUAUUGCUAGUAUUGGGCAUUUCGCUGAGUUCCUUGACGUGAUGUCAUGGACCGUUUAUCGUGCAUGUAC